CUCUUUUAUAUUUUCCCUCACUAUAUAAAUUUCUCCAUUCCUCACAACUAUCAAGAAUAUUCCCACCCUAUCAAAAUAAAUAAAUGGCUGAGCCGGCCGAGUCGACUCACGAGUCAGGCGAGAGAAAGAAGAGGAGCGGAAACAAGCACCCAGUUUACAGAGGGGUGAGAAUGCGGAGCUGGGGGAAGUGGGUCUCCGAGAUCCGCCAGCCGCGGAAGAAGUCCCGCAUUUGGCUCGGGACUUAUCCCACGGCCGAGAUGGCGGCGCGGGCCCACGACGUGGCGGCCGCGUGCAUCAAGGGCGACUCGGCGAUCCUCAACUUCCCCCAGCUCACCGAGUCGCUGCCGCGGCCCGACUCGCUCUCGCCCCGCGACGUCCAGGCCGCGGCGGCCAAGGCGGCGGCGAUGGAGGGCCUCGCCGGCGCGCUGCCGUCGCCGUCGUCGUCGACGGCGACGUCCGCCGGCGGCGAGGGGGAGGGGUCGGAGGAGCUGGGGGAGAUCAUUGAGUUGCCGAGUUUGGACGAGUCGACCGAGUCGGGGGGCGAGUUGGCGGUGGUUGACUCGGCGGAGGGGUGGCUGCAGCCGCCGUGGUGGGAGUUGGAUAGGAGUUUUUAUGAGUAUUUCUACGACGAAAUUGGCGGCGGCGGCGGCGGCGGGGGUUUGAUCUCAGUCAGCUAUGAGAAUCUCUAGUGGACUUGCUAAAUUUAGUAGGUGUGCCUUGUGCUUUGGUACUUGUACAUUCUUGUUUUUUAUUACUAUCAAAAUUUCUAUAUUGUUUAUACUUUAUAGAUAUAUUACUCAUUUUUCGAUCUUUUUUCAUUACUUUUCUUAAUUUUUCUAGUUUCGAGUGGAUUAGUAUUUACUUGUUCAUUUUGCCUAUAUGAGUGUAUACCUCUUUUUCUCUAUUUUUCAUAAAUAAUUAGUACCUAAGAACGUAUUUGUUUGGUUGGUUA